AUGAACGAUGACGGUUUGUGUGAGAGUUGCUCCAGGAUUAAUCCAGCGCAGGCAAACCUGCAAAAGUUGAUGCCAAAUGGCCGGACAGCUCAUCAGUCACGGGGUGCCAGCUGGGCUGCUUUGUGGCAACAUCUCUCAAAAGUUGAGAUCUGGAAGCUGGACAUGGUGGCGGACUUCUGGGCGCACAGAUCACCCAGAGUGGUGGCAUCCAACCCCCUACGUUCUUCAUCCCACGACCAACCUACUGGGUUAGCCCUUUCUGCGCUCCCUGACACAAAGGCGAAACCAGUAGCUGAGCUGGCUGGCGGGUUGAUUUUGCCUUGUUUCCCAAAUUUCGAGGAGCUCCUCGUCGUCAGCGGAAGCCUGCUGGACCGAUGGCGCAUCGACUUCGAGAAUGUACAACACUUGUUGAUGUUCUGCACCAAGCACCACGCAGCCACUUGCGACCAGAGUAAUGCUCCUGUGAGGCACGCGCUUAUUCAAAGCAUGAAUCAUAUCUACGAAGGAGCUGAGAUUACUAUUAUCGAUGCUGCGGGAUCAAAUCCGGACUUUGGCCUCCCCGGCGUCUCCGCUCCGAGACUCGCCCAAACCUCAGUCAAGAUACGUCGCAGUCGUUUCGUCGCUGUUCCUAAUUCCAUGUGCUUCUUGAAGAUCUGCAUGUACCAAAUUUAA